AUGUCUGGCCUCACGUACAACGUUAGCUACAGCAUCUGUGCCAAUAAAGGCGUGUCUCCGGAGCAGCGGCUCACGCGUACAGAGCUGUGGCAAGGCGUCAAGCAUGGCGCAUGCCACCCGGAAGACUUUGCAGCCCACGUUCAAAGCUGCAAUGUGUUGCCCGGAGGUACCCCCAAUGCUUUUUCGCGCGAGAUCAUCAUUGGCGACGGUGGAAUCCAUGCCAAGAAGGGAAAGAGCAUGAUUCAGGACGUCUUUCUCCAGGACAACCUCUAUCUUCUUGCGACCGUGAGAGAAACCGGCCACAAGACCACCAUGAUGGUCGGGUAUGGAUGCGACUCGGCCUCACAGGAGAAAGAGGAGCUCGACCCGUACCUGACGCUCUUUUAUGAGCUUGUUGUGCCCAAAGACUCAUCGCCCGUUCCGGGAAGCAAAGAGGAGAGCGAUCUCAUCUCCGAGUACAGGGGCCUGGCCAAGAACUUGUGCCAUGAGACUGUGCGUCUCAUUAGGCUGUGGAAAGAGGAUGGUUCGCUGCAGGACCGAGCCGAGCUGGGAGCCAAGUUCCAUAAGCCAAAGAAGCCUCUCGAAUAA